AUGGCGUCCACCGCGCAAGCCGAGGCUCCCAGGAGGUCGACAACCCUAUUCGAGGACUUCGAUGAUGAGACAGUCUUCCAGAAAGCCGCGCCGCACGCCGCGGAUCAAGACAGCAAGAACUUUGUGGUCGAGUUUGGACCCGAACAUGCGCGUGUAGCUUUCAAUCUUGGCGCCGACGACUUUCAUACGCUUUUACAAGACGAACGACAUAUCGCUCGCUAUCCCAUUCGCUGGAUAAACAUAUGGGAUCCGAGUGUGCAAAAGGAUGCAAUCACUGCCAUUGGAAACCAAUAUGACUUCUCGGAGCGACUGAUUCGCCUGAUGGCCCUGGCUCUUCCCAAGGCUCACACAGCUGAGGCGCGCCGGCGCAAAGACAGGACGGGUCACGUUUCCAAACAUCGCCAUCCGCAAAAGGACCUAGAGACAGGAAACAGUCUCAAUGGAAAUAUACCUCUGGACAGCAUUCCCAGCCUACGGGUGUCAAAGGAGGCUAUGAACUUGGAACUGAUGGAUGACGAUGGCAUGGAGCUCUUUCUGCAGGUCAAGAAUACAGUCAACUACUUCUCGACUGACCAGACGCGUAAAGCCAUGAUCAUCGGGGCUCACUGGCUCCAUAAACGCCCAGCACGAGAACAUGAGCCUCAGCGGAAAAGUAUGAUGCCGCCAAAGCACUGGCAAUGGCUGGCCCUGUGUAACGAUCAUACUCUGUUGUCAAUACACGAGAAGCCGUCGUUCGAACCGACUCCUGAAAAGGAGGACGAACAGACCUGGCAGAGUGACGAAUUGAAGAACAUCAGGGCGAACACGCUCGACGUUCUUCUGCAACUAUCGCAGAAGGGUUUCGACCUGUACAAGAGGAAGCCCCUUUCACAAAACUCGGUUCGGCGACCGCUGUAUAAAUGGCUUUCCAGCAAGCCGGACCUGACCCGACAGGAGACGGGAAUGUCCUUUGCGAGCAAGGGUGAGCCGGUGAGCUUAGCAGACGAGGGGACGAGCAACCUCUUCUACUAUUUGUUCGAAGACUACGUUGCCGCCGGCCCCUUGAAAACGGCAGAGGGGAAACUGGAGCAUAUAACUCACAAGGUGCUGGAGAGUGCACGCCCGAAAGUAAGGAGCAAGAGCACUGAUAUCAUUCCCACGUUGCACUAUCUGAGCAAGGAUCUUCGAGAACUGAAGCAUAUGUUCGAGAACUAUAAGAAUUUGGUGGGCAAGAUCAUGGCGUCGGGGAAAGCCGAGUCGCAGGUCACGAACGGGCCACCGGGCGAGAUUCGCAGAGUUGCCUUAACAGACUCGGCCCAGAGCCGCUUCGACAGGUUGGGCGACCGGUUGCAGUUCCUCAUGCUGAACACGAUCGAAGGAUACCUGGAAGAGAUCAGUGCACUUUCAAGCACGUAUUUCAACCUGACACAGCAGAAAGACUCGGAAGCGACAGCGAGACUCACGCGAAGUGCAACGCUCCUGGCGAAGCUCAGCGUGUUCUUCCUACCCAUCAGUUUCCUGACGAGUUACUUUUCGAUACAGAUCGAGGACCUCUAUAGUUAUUGGCACGCCAAGGACUAUUGGUAUUCGUUCGCGGUGAUAGCGAGCGUGUCGUUUGUCAGUCUGUUCUUCUUCAGCAGGCUGCUCAUGUUUUUCAGCGACGUGAUGGACGACUGGGCUUCGCAUAUAGCGCGCUGGUUUCGGAGGAUUGGUCAGUAUUGCGGACUGGAUCUCAAAGACGACGACGAUCCAUGA